AUGAUGUCGAAAAUGCGAUUUACAGCAGAAGAGCUGAGGCGUCGGCAUUUAUCGACACGGAUCACCGCGGCAGACAGGGCAUAUGAAUUUGCCAAUGAUUUUUAUGCGGACGGGGGCGUAUUAUUUUGUAAAGUAUGUCAGCACUCGGUGGAUUACCUGAGGAAGCAGACCAUCCUGGAGCAUCUUAAGUCCCAAAGGCACAGCAACAGAAAGAGGAGUGGAUUGGUGCGAUCUAGGACUCAAACCCUGGCUGCCUGCCUCUCCAAGACCCCAUCAACUGCUGAGAGGAAGGAGUUUGUCCUAGAUUUUACCAAGGCUCUUGUUGAAGCCGAUAUUCCACUUGAGAAGGCCCCCAAGCUGGCUUGUUUUCUGCAGAAAUACUGCAAGCAGGGCGGAUCCCUUCCAGCUCCGUCUCACCUCCGCUCCGACUACCUACCAGAGCUGUUCCCUCAGUAUGUGGAGGACAUAAAGAGUGCGGUGGAAGGAAAGCCCAUCUACAUUGUAUUAGAUGAGACGACAGACGCCUGUGGCCGCUGUGUCCUUGCAAUUCUUCUGCAACCUGUUGGCAGGCCACCUCUGGCAGCAGAUAUAGUGUUCAUCGACAGAGUGAACUUCAACACGGUGUCCCAGGCAGUCAUUUCUUGCCUCAACAGCUUCAGCAUUAAUUUUAGUGAUGUGUGGGCUUUUGUCACCGACUCGGCAAGCUACAUGAAGAAAGCCUUCAACACCAUGCUUCAUGGCCUGUUCCCCAACUCCAUACAUGUCACAUGUCUGGCACAUCUCCUCAACUUGGUGCUGCAGGUCUUCCCAGAUACCUUUGAGGACCUCAACAGGGUGUGUGCACUUGUGAAAAGAGUGUUCUGCAAGGCACCUCAACGUCGCCAAGAUCUGCGGGCUUAUAUGCAGGCAUUGGACUUGGCUCCUGUUAUGCCAGUCUUUGCUGUGAUGACCAGAUGGGGUUCCUGGAUUGAAGCUGUCCAGUACCUUGCAGAUAACCUGGACAUUUUAUGCAACUUCAUACCCACUUUGCCACUGUCCUCCAAGGCUGUUCGGGACCUGAGAGUGCUGCUGGAAGAGAAAGAAGCUACUCUAAAGGCCCAUGCGAUCUUCAUCGUUGAGCACAGCACUGAGAUCAAGACCACUAUGACAAAACUGCAGGAGACUUCGAACCCCUCUGCUGCCACUACUCAUGGUCAGCUCGAGAACCUCCUCAUGCUUUUUGAAUAUGGCCGCACUGUAGGGGCUGAGGAUUGGCAUCCCAGGACCACAGAAAGGCUGAGGGAGCUGGAUGAGGAUGAUCGUGCUGCCUGCACUGAGCUCUUCCAGAAAACCAUGGCUGACUGCUCUACAAAGUUGCAGAAUGUGAUGGCGUCACACCCCAGCAUGGAGCUCUUCAAAGCCCUCCCAGUGUUUGACCCAGCAAAGGUAGCUGGUGUGAGAAAAAACAUCCAGGACUACGUCCAGGUGGCCCCUGCCCUUACGUGUGUGUCAGCUGAGGAAUGGCACCGCUACAUCCAUAUGGACAAGAGUGACGCCGACGAGGUCAGUCCUGUGGAGUGGUGGGCCACCAGAGAGGACAGAAUGCCCACUCUUGCCCCACUUGCAGCAUUGUACCUCCAUCUCCCCACUACCUCAGUGGAUGUUGAGAGACUGUUCUCCCACUAUACUAUGCUGCUCACACAGUACAGACGGAGCCUUACCCAAAACAACAUUAAAAUGAUGCUCAUUGCAAAAUUCAACAGUCGGCAGCAGGAUUAAGCAUUUAAAGGGAUAUAUGGAUAUUCCGGUGUAAAUUUAAUCCAUGGUCUAACACACCUUGACACCGAGUAAGACUCC